AUGGUGAACCACUUAAUUAAUCCUGUUACGAAGGAUUGGCAUUUGCCUACUCUGGAGGAGUUUCUGGAUCCGAGGGAUAUACCGAUUAUUCGGAGUAUGGCAGUCAGUAAGGUCCAGAAACCGGAUCGAUUAGUUUGGCACUUUACCAAGUCAGGGAGGUAUACGGUUAAAUCAGGUUACCGGUUAGCCAGAGAAUUAAUGACGGAAGUCGAAUAUGGGCCGUCAUGUAUGGCCCUUAGGGCCCAGUCGUGGAAACUUGAUGUUCCACCGAAGGUCCAACAUUUCUUCUGGCAGAUUGCUUCGGGUACUCUUCCAGUGUUAGAACGACUUGCGUAUAGGAGUGUCCGGUGUGAUACUCUUUGCAAACGGUGUGAAUCUGCACCAGAGACGAUCAACCAUGCUCUAUUCGAGUGCCCCCGCUCGCGCAAUGUUUGGGGGUUGUCACCGGUUCUGUUAAGCCCAGAUGGUUUUCCUUAUGCUUCAAUCUAUGCAAAUUUGGAUUUUAUUUUCUGGCAGCCAGCUUCUCAGUCCGGGGUUCCUGACGUAGCUUUAUGCCUCCCCUGGAUACUUUGGUCACUAUGGAAAGACAGGAAUAAAAAAGUUUUUCAAGGGUUAGAGGCAGAGCCGUUGGAGAUUUUACUUCAGGCGAAUAAUGAUAAAUCAUUGUGGGACGACGUCAAAUCUUACUCAGACAAUUAUUUACAUACUACGCCUCUGGUGGAGGAUAGGGGGGCGUUUCCUCGUUGUCAGAUUGAUGGUUCUUGGAAAGGUUCAGAUCCUCUGCAGGGUCUGGGGUGGUGGUGUUGUAGUGAUGAUGAUUCGACGCUUCUUCUGGGAGCAGGGAGUCAGAGGCGCGGUCCCACAUUCUUACAUGCAGAGUUACAAGCUUUGAUUUGGACUAUGGAAUCACUAUUGGCGGCUGGAGUUGCCUGUCAGAGCUUCGAGACAGAUUGUGCAGAAUUGGUGGCGAUGUUGUAG